AUGGGUCUUGAGAAUAUAGCAUAUGGUCUGGGCGGUCUGACCGCGCUUGGAGGCACAAUUGGAUACCUGCGAACUGGUUCCGUCCCGUCUGUUGCAGCAGGAUGGACCGUUGGUCUUCUAUACGGCCUUGGUGGCUACCGCCUCCAGAACAGUGAGCCCCUCGGACUAGAGCUUGCUCUUCUUGCCUCCGUUGUCCUCGGCGGAUCUUCCAUCCCUAGAGCUCUCCGCCUGAAGAAGCCCGUCCCCGUGGUGCUAAGCUUGGUUUCGCUGUUCGGCGCUUUCAUCUUCGGCGAUGCAUUCCGCAAAACAUUGUAA